GGAGUGCGGGCCCACCCGGCAUGAUGACCCCAACAGGGUGGGCAGUGCAGAAGAGAAGGCAGUCAACGCCUUUGGGGGUCACUGGACCAAGACAACUAUCUCGGACUGGCAUUUCCUUUACCCUUCCCAGGAGGGAACUUUCCCGGACUUGACGUUAACACCAUUUUGUAAACCUUACAGGUUGAGGCUCACUCACAGUGCGCACCUCAGAGAUACCAGCUGGUACCCAGUUCGCGUGGAUUGCGAAGACCUUCUGGACUGGCCGUUUCAAAGGAAAGAUCCGUCCAACCAUGAGCGCCAAGACUGCCAUCAGUUCAGCCGUCCUCUUCGCCAGUCUCCUGACCAUCGCCCAGGCGUGGCUCGUCCCCCAGCCGCAACAGAACGUCUGGGCUGUCUUGGCCAAAUCACUGGGCCAAGACCACAUAUGUCUCAACCAAGCGAGUGCCGCGAAUCCCAUGGCAUCCUGCCUCGUGGGGAUCCCAUUUAAAGAUCGUGAGAUGCCCAAGAUGCUUCUAGGUUAUGCUCAAAAACUUAGACAAGAAGCUGCUAAAAUGGAGCAUAACCUAAAGCAUGCCCAUUACAUCGUCGCGUGGUACAAUUAUAUUAAAAGUCUUCCAAAGUUAGAAAACGAGCCUCAGGAGCUGGAGCUUCUAGGUUCCGCCAGAGCCGAAUCUUGUUUUCAUAUCCGUAACGACCACGUCCAGCGUCACCACCGUCAUUUUGUCUCCUCCAAAGCCCAUUUUAAUACUCAUUGGUGUAACGCUGUGUCCUUUAGUUAUCCUCCAAUCCCUCCCCAAAAAUCAGCCCAAGUCUUUGCCCAUCCCCGCCAGCUUCCUAGGGGAACAUUCUUGAUUUGCGGAGACCACGCAUGGGCAGGUAUCCCCUCUCACCUCUCCGGAGGCCCGUGCACCUUUGGGACCCUCGGAUUGUUUUCACCCAACAAAUCACAAAUUUUGGAUUGGGUUACACAAAAUUCUACAAAUGGUGCACAUCUAUUGGCACACUCUAGAAAGAAGAGAGAAGACUACUCUCUCAAAAAAUUGGCAGACGAUUGCGAUGAGGAAAUUAUCCAUUGGAGCAGAUCUAAAGGCAUCGCAAUCACAGUAUUUGCGCCGUGGGUCGCCAUUGCUAAGACCCUCGGAGAAUUAGGCCAUUUGGAAUGUUGGGUAGCUAAGCAAUCCCGUUUGACUUCUAGGGCCCUAUCAAACCUCCUGAAAGAUGAGGAAAUUACGAGGCAGGCAACCCUCCAGAAUCGUGCAGCCAUCGAUUACCUCCUGCUCCUCCACGGUCACUCGUGUGAGGAGUUUGAGGGGCUCUGCUGCUUUAAUUUGACAUCUAGGGCCAAGGGGACUCGCGAGGCACUCAAACAAAUGGAAAACAUGAUAGGAGACAUCAAGCAAGAAUACGGGGACUGGCUCAGUAAUUUGUUCAAGGAAUGGGGGAUCUCGGGUUGGACGGGAUCGAUUCUUAGAACUGUUCUGUUAAUUGUUUUUGUGCUUUUUGUUGCUAUUGCCAGCCUUGGACUAAUGAAAAAGAUGUUGCAGAAUUUGAUUUCUUCCUCCACAUCACCACUCAAAGCUGAAGUCCACCGAGUAGCCGUUGAAGUAGGCCCAGAAGUGUUCAAGGAAGAGGAGGAAAGCUUCGUUGAUGAGGACGAGCAGGCUGAACAGCUUGAAAUCAUCGUGGAAGAAGUGCGCAGCUUUCCUCGAGAACAAUGGCCUACUCAACAGCAGUGGUUUGCAGAAUCAUACCCACGUUCUGAACACCUGGUGGACCCCCCUCAAUUCGGAUAUCUGAGAUAGAACUCACAGGGUCAAAAAUAAAAGAAAAGGGGGAGAUGUGGUGGUGUGGAUGGUUGGACUUUCCCCAUUUCAGUAUGUUAAACCUCAGUUGGACUCCACAAAGAAAGUUGGGACAGUGUAAGCAGGAACAAGCAGGUGCUGUGAAGGACUGUGACAAGGAAA